AUGCUGGGUUGCUGCGUAGCCUCAGAUGAGGUGCGUCGCCGUGCACAGCGGCAGAUUGUGGAGCACUGGGAUGGCCUGCCCCCGCAAUGGGUGGUUUCUAGCGAGAGUGAAGGCGGUCUGACCAAUGGCUACGAGGUGCCCAGCCGCUUGGGCACUGACCGCUGGGUUGCCAUGAUAGGCGCUUGGCAGCGCAUGAAGAUCCAGCGCAGUGGGCAAACGCCGCCGCCGCUGAUUGUGGCCAUGGUGGGCACAGCGGUCACGGUAGAGGCCAUAGAUCAGAAUGGGCGCUUUUUGGGUGGGCUCAUUUUGCCU